GUUCAUUGCCCUCCUCGAAGAAUUUGAGAGCACUAAUACAACUUCGGAGACCCGAUCUACGCGAGCCCUUUGACACUCUCGGCCAGCAAAACAUAAAACGAGGAUUAAUUCCCACCAAGCCAGAGACGCGGCAAUUCAAGGCGCAAUCAUAGAAACGAUGGCGUCGCAGGCAGCGUAUGCCGCCGAGCAGGCCGUUGGCCACCAGAAGGAGGAGAUCAAGCAGGAUGUGUCCAACUACGAGACAUUGGGAAACCCGAAUGAGAAGAUGAAGGCUCUCGUUUGGCAGGGCAAGCAAAAGGUCGAAGUUGUUGAAGUGGCCAAACCCCGUAUUAUCGAGGACGGCGACGCGAUCAUCAAGGUCACCGGUACCACGGUAUGCGGGAGCGACCUGCACUUGCUGCACGGUUCCGUCAUCCAGAUGAAGAAGGGGGACAUCCUUGGGCACGAGUUCUGCGGCAUCGUCGAGCAAGUAGGGCCGGGCGUCAAGAACGUCAAGGUCGGGAAGCGAUACGUCGCCGCUUUUCAGAUCACAUGCGGAGAGUGUUUCUACUGCAAACAAAAGCUCUCGUCUCAGUGUGAGAAGACCAACUCGAACACGACUGCGAAGGCCAUGUACGGCUCCCAGUCUGCCGGGUUCUUUGGCUACUCGCACUUCACUGGCGGAUUUGCCGGCGGUCAGGCCGAGUACGUGAGGGUGCCAAUCGCGGAUGCCAACCUCCUGGAGAUCCCGGAUGGCGUCCCCGACGAGAAGGCCCUCUACCUUUCCGACGUUCUUCCGACGGCGUACAACGCGGUCAAGGACACGGCGGUCUACCCCAACGACCAGGUGGCUAUCUUUGGCGCCGGGCCCAUCGGGCAGAUGGCAGGCAUCUUUGCCCUCGGCGAGGGCGCGAGCAAGGUCAUCUACAUCGACACGGAGCCGCGGCUGUCGGCCAUCUCGGAGCGCUGGCCGGCCGAGCACAGAGACAAGCUCGAGGUGCUCGACUACAAGAAGCUCAGCUUCGGCCUGAUCAACAAGGAGACGGUCGUCAGCAGGCUCAAGGACCUGUGUGAUGGGCGUGGGCCGGAUGUGGCCAUCGAAUGCGCCGCGGGCGAGUAUGCAAAGGGGUGGAUGCACUGGCUCGAGAUGUCGCUCGGCGCCGAGACGGACACGAGCGAGAUCCUCAACGAGAUGAUCGAGUCGGUGAGGAAUUACGGCCGCGCCGGCGUCACUGGCGUCUAUGUGGGAUAUACCAAUCACUUCAACAUCGGCUCCCUGAUGCAGCGUGGCAUCCGCCUGAUCGGCAACGGGCAAGCGCCCGUCAUGAAGUACUGGGAGGGAUUGCUCGCCAAGAUUCAACGGGGCGAGCUCGACCCGACGCAGAUGGUCUCACACCGGUUCCGGCUCGAUGACAUUGACAAAGUCUACUACAAGUUCGACGCAAAGGAGGACAACAUCCAGAAGGUCUUUGUCGAGACCGAGUUCUCCUUCCCUCGGGCCGAGGGUACCCCUGAGCUUACCAUUUUGUGAUAAGGGGGAAGAUUGAGGGGCGGCCGAUGUGCAGAGUUGUCUCAUCCCAUGGCCAUUCACGAUAUCGGGGUAGAAUCGAUAAUUAGUAUUGUUUACGAACCGUGCUCGUUUGAUACCAGCGAUUCCGGUGGAUGGUUUUGUGGUCAUGCAAUUACGGAUUCGUCUGGACGUGUCUCACUUCAUGUGUCGAUGAUAAAUGACUCGACCAUGUUACAGGUCGA